AUAAUGCAGGAAAAUCACAGAUAUGUACAAAUUUAUGUGUUAGUGUACAUUAGGCUGAAGCCAAAUUUCAAUUCAAUUUUUUCCACCCUGUCAAAGAGAGGAUUUGUGAAGGCAGUAGAGAGUGGGAUUUGUUUUGUUGCUUAGGAUAACAAAAGUAGAUAUAGAAGUAAAAAUAUUCAAAACAAAAUAUGUGGCUGCAAUUUGUCUAUCAAUUUCUUCCAACCCCCCGCCCCCCUCCCAUCAACCACUCUCUCUCUCCAGCUUUUUGUGUGCAACUGGGUUAAUACAACUACAGGAAAACAAGAUUCACCAAAAACGUGGGAGACUUAAAAUGUGUAAAGAUAAGUGCAUCAUCCAUUCAUCAGAACCACUUUUCCAAGUUUAUCUUCUAGUAUCAUUCUUUUCAUAUUGAUUAAAAUCACAAAGAAUAGAAUACCAAAAAGCACAAGAGUAGAUACUCUACACUGUUGUUCUCCAAUAGAGAUACAUAAAGCGGUGGUAUGUAAAUAACGAGGGGUUACUUGAAUUUUAGAAAUUUUGGGAGAUGCCAGGUGGUGGGUGUGGGAUAGUUUGGUUCAGGAGAGAUCUGAGGGUGGAAGACAACCCAGCCCUAGCUGCUGGUGUGAGAGCAGGAGCAGUGGUUCCGGUGUUCAUAUGGGCACCUGAGGAGGAGGGUCACUUCUAUCCUGGGAGGGUGUCAAGGUGGUGGCUUAAACAGAGUUUGGACCACCUUGAUUCAUCCUUGAGGAGCCUUGGCACUUCUCUCAUCACCAAAAGAUCUACAGAUUGUGUUUCUUCUCUCCUUGAGGUUAUCAAAUCUACUGGGGCUAAUCAGCUCUUCUUCAACCACUUGUAUGACCCCUUGUCUCUCGUUAGGGAUCACCGGGCAAAGGAAGUUUUAACCGCUCAAGGCAUAGCUGUGCGAUCCUUCAAUGCAGACUUGCUCUAUGAACCAUGGGAAGUUAAUGAUGACCAAGGUCAUCCCUUCACAACGUUUGCAGCUUUCUGGGAAAGAUGCCUUAGUAUGCCAUACGAUCCUGAGGCUCCUCUUCUUCCACCUAAGAGGAUAAUCUCAGGUGAUGUGUCUAGGUGUCCUUCAGAAACACUGGUAUUCGAAGACGAAUUAGAGAAGGGAAGCAAUGCACUUCUUGGUCGGGCAUGGUCGCCCGGAUGGAGUAAUGCUGAUAAGGCACUAACAACCUUCAUCAAUGGACCAUUGAUUGAGUACUAUAAGAACCGUAGGAAGGCUGAUAGUGCUACAACUUCAUUUCUCUCUCCCCAUUUACAUUUUGGUGAAGUGAGUGUGCGAAAGGUAUUCCACCAUGUUCGCAUCAAGCAAGUUUUAUGGGCCAACGAAGGGAACAAAGCUGGGGAAGAGAGUGUCAACUUGUUCAUUAAGUCUAUUGGUCUCAGAGAAUAUUCAAGAUACAUGAGUUUUAACCAUCCUUACAGCCAUGAACGGCCUCUUCUUGGGCACCUAAAGUUUUUCCCUUGGGUGGUGGAUGAGAGUUAUUUUAAAGCAUGGAGACAAGGUAGAACUGGUUAUCCAUUGGUGGAUGCUGGCAUGAGAGAGCUGUGGGCCACUGGUUGGCUACAUGAUCGAAUACGGGUUGUAGUGUCUAGCUUCUUUGUGAAAGUGCUGCAGCUUCCCUGGAGAUGGGGAAUGAAGUACUUCUGGGAUACCCUAUUGGAUGCAGAUCUUGAGAGUGAUGCUCUUGGUUGGCAGUAUAUUUCUGGUACUCUCCCUGAUGGUCGAGAGUUUGACCGCAUAGAUAAUCCACAGUUAGAAGGUUACAAAUUUGAUCCCAAUGGAGAAUAUGUACGCCGAUGGCUUCCUGAACUGGCUAGACUACCUACUGAAUGGAUACACCACCCUUGGGAUGCACCGGUAUCUGUACUAGAAGCUGCUGGAAUUGAGCUGGGGUCCAAUUACCCUCUUCCCCUUGUUGAAAUUGAUGCUGCAAAAGACAGGUUGCAUGAAGCACUUUUGCAGAUGUGGCAGCAUGAGGCAGCUUCUAGAGCUGCAAUUGAGAAUGGAACCGAGGAAGGGCUUGGAGACUCCUCUGAGUUAGCUACCAUUGCGUUUCCUCAAGACACGCAAAUGGAAAUGGAUCAGGAAACUGUCAGGAACAAUCCUACUACUGCAAUUAGACGAUAUGGGGAUCAGAUGGUCCCAAGUAUGACUUCUUCUCUGCUGAGGGUUGAAGAGGAAGAAACUUCUUUGGAUAUUCGAAAUUCAGCAGAAGAUAGCAGAGCAGAAGUGCCAACAGAUGUUAAUGUAGAUCAACAACCAAUGAGAGAAACAUUUAACCAAGCUUCUAUACAAACUGUUCGAAGCAACAACACUCUGCCACAAUUUAAUUUAACAAUAGGGCGCAGGAAUUCUGAAGAUUCAACUGCAGAAUCUUCAAGUAGUAGCAGGAGAGAAAGGGAUGGAGGUGUAGUUCCAGUGUGGUCUCCCUCAAAUUCAAAUUAUUCAGAGUCGUUUGUUGGUGAAGACAAUGGCAUUGGAACCAGUUCUUACUUGCAGAGGCACCCGCAGUCUCACCAGCUAAUGAACUGGGCGCGGCUUUCUCAGACUGGGUAAAUAACUAUGAUUGGUGACGAACUCUACUAGGCUAGGACAGUAUCUAUUAUAUUUUUUCACCAUGUUAAUAAUGAACUGUCUCUGCUUGCUGUUGUGAUUAUAUUGGAGUUGUAGGCGUCGAUCUUGCAUGAAUGAAGGAAAUGCUCAAUUCAGAGGAUUUUAACUGACCCAGAAUCUAAUGAUGUUGUGUGUUUGGAAUUAUGUUUACAUCUGUAAUGAGUUGUUUCAGCUAAGAAAAUGAUCUAGUUCUUAAUCUUCAUGACAGUUAGACAUUUAUCGUGACAAGGCAACUAGUCUGGUGGUGAAGAGUUGAGAUGUCUCCUAACCCUAUGGGCCACUGGAACGAGAGGUCAUCCCAUGUACAUCUUCAUUCAUCACACGAUCCUUUCACUGGUCUGAUCAAACAGUUGACUUCCUUUGUGUCUGAAGUUUCAAAUUGGAGCAGGCAGCUCCUGUGUCCUUGUCUCCUAACAUGUACAAUUUCUGUAGCUCUGCUGUAUAGUAAAUAUUGUUCUCAUAAGGGAAGAUGAGAGUGCCAAAAAGAGGAUGUUCAGUCCCCUAAUAAACUGAGGUUUAUACCUUUUUUAUUUUGUUAAUUAGGUAGAUAUUAGUGUUGCAAUAUGCAGUUAUCAUGGUUGCCUUACCUUCUUACAUCACUGAAUGAUUCCAUGGGUAGAAGAAAGUAUGUUUGACACAGCUGUACAGUUUGAGUUGCAAAUUAACUGCUAGAUUAAAUCCUCACUGUUUCAGUGACCCGUUGAAUGUAUUCUGCAUCCCCACAUUUGCAAAUGUUUGCUGGAGGUUUUCAAUCAGACAUUUCCCGUAUUUAGAUUGAAAUCGACAAUUGGAAUAUUGUA